UCGGGAGCUGCAGAAGCAAAUGGAGCUCCUGGGAGCAGCCACUGUUGUCCUCCUGGUUUGCAUUGCUUGCCUACUCUCCUUCACAGCAUGGAAAAUGAGGUCUGGAACGGGGAAGAUGCCGCCAGGACCAGCUCCCCUUCCCAUCCUAGGUAAUCUGCUGCAGGUGAAACCAAAGAACUUGUCCAAAACCCUCAAAAAGCUCAGUGAAGAGUAUGGACCAGUGUUCACAGUGCACCUGGGCUCUGACCCAGUGGUGGUGCUGCAUGGACAUGAUGUGGUGAAAGAAGCCUUGGUUGAUCGUGCAGAUGAGUUUGCUGCCAGAGGACACAUGGCAAUAGGAGACAGGGCUAACAAUGGAUUAGGGAUUGUUUUUAGCAACAAUGAGGAGUGGUUACAAGUCCGGCGGUUUGCUCUCAGCACUCUGCGCAACUUUGGAAUGGGGAAGAGGAGCAUUGAAGAGAGGAUCCAGGAUGAAACUGAACACUUGCUGGAAGAGAUCAACAAAACAAAGAGAACACCUUUUGACCCAACCUUCAUGCUGAGCUGUGCUGUCUCCAAUGUCAUAUGCUGCAUUGUCUUUGGGAAACGAUAUGACUAUAAAGACAAGAAGUUCCUGUCCCUGAUGAACAACAUGAACAACAUCUUUGAGAUGAUGAACUCCCACUGGGGACAGCUCUACCAGAUGUUUUCAAAGGUCCUGGAUUACUUGCCUGGCCCACACAACAACAUUUUCGCAGAAUUUGAUGCUCUAAAAGCCUUUGUGUCAGAGGAGGUGAAGAUGCACCAAGCCUCCCUAGAUCCCAACUCCCCUCAAGAUUUCAUUGACUGUUUCCUCAGCAAAAUGCAGGAGGAGAAAGAGCAUCCCAAUUCCAGUUUCCACAUGAAGAACCUGAUAACCAGCACCUUUGACUUGUUCAUUGCUGGAACAGAGACAACUAGCACCACUAUAAGAUAUGGGCUUCUGCUUCUUCUCAAAUACCCGAAGAUACAAGAGAAAGUUCAGGAAGAGAUUGACCGGGUAGUAGGACGAUCACGAAGACCUUGUGUGGCUGACCGGACCCAGAUGCCCUACACGGAUGCGGUGGUCCAUGAAAUCCAGCGCUUCAUCUCCCUCGUCCCCCUGGCUCUCCCUCACACUGUGACCAAACACACCCGCUUCAGAGGAUACGUCAUUCCCAAGGGCACCACAAUCUUUCCCAUCCUCAGCUCUGUCCUCCAUGACAGUAAAGAGUUUCCAAACCCAAAUGAGUUCAAUCCUGGACAUUUCUUGAAUGAGAAUGGCACCUUUAGGAAGAGUGAGUUCUUCAUACCCUUCUCAGCAGGGAAGCGAAUAUGCCCUGGAGAAGGCCUGGCACGCAUGGAGAUAUUCUUACUCAUAGCCACCAUCUUGCAGCACUUUACCUUGAAGCCUGUCAUCGACCCCCAGGAACUCAACAUAACCGCAACGCUGAGUGGAAUAAGCAACGUACCUCCUGCCUACCAGCUCCGUGCUCUCCCUCGCUGAAAAGCACAAACUCUCUCUCUACAGUGUCCUGAGCCUGGCUACUCCGUUACAUCUCCCUUACCAAAACCAAUGGCAGGAGCAUUGGCCCACCUUUCCAAAGCCUCCAAGAAGGCAGCCCAAAGACAGGUACAUGCACAGAAUAGACAACUUCAAAGCUUCCCAGAACUGCUCUACCACAUUGCAGGGAGGCCCUGGGUGACAUUGCAGCCUGUUGCACUGUCCACGGGCUCAUUGAGCACAAUGGCUGCAUGAAACAGCUGAUUUUCUCAAAAACACAGUUCCCAUGGCUGCCCACGACCUGCUUCUCCUGCAGCACAUGUCCUACUAAGAGCAGCAUGCUUUGCAGAUGGAUAGUGCUGCAUGUGUGUAUGUUAGUGACCCAAUAAAGAAAAAUCGAUUUAUGGGG